AUGAGGGCGGCUGUGCGUCGGGUGUCCGCCUUUGGGGCGAUGGCUAGACGGCCCAUUGGCGUGCCAGGGACGAGGUUGUAUGUCAACUCGCCGGUGGCGGGCCAGUCGCGCGUUGCCUGUGGUGUUUUGGCUGGGAGACAGGGUCAAGGCGCUUUGAGGUGUGGGCUACCUGUGUCUAUGCAGGUACGGCGAUUCGCGCAUUUUGAUGCCAUCCAGGAGGACAAACAGGAGACGAGGGACGAGCUGGAGAGGCUUGAGAUCAGAGAGAAGGACCGGCAGCGGAGUGCUGAGAGCGAAGAUGGGGAGCAGGGGUCGAAGCUUGCGAAUGCAAUGUCGAAGGGGAAAUUGUUGACGACGCCGUCGAGACUCUUCAAGGUUCUUAUUCCGUUACCUACCGCUAGUCAUAAUAGUAAACACGAUGAUAUUGAGCCGAUAGCUAUCCUGAUACAUCCACAGCAGCCGUUAUCUUACCUCGAACGUCUCAUUCAGGAUGAGAUCCCCCCGGUUUCGAUCGAUGGUGCGAAGCCAAGGCCGCCUGCUGUCUCUUUUAUUGCACUUCAGAUGGAUGACAACCCUGUCAUACCUAAGAAAUCAAUGUAUGAGACGACCGACACUGAGGUGCACCGAUUGGGGGAAAUUGGGGCCGGACAUGAAGCUAGGCAGCGGAGACGUCGACCGGACGAGGAGGAUGACACAUACAGCUAUCUUCGACGUGGCGAACCCGGCAAGAGCAACAGGGAAGAACGCUUUGUCCGCUGGUCCCAGUCCACCGAGGUCGGCGACUUUGUCCGCGACGCCUCUCGGGCUCGGGAGUUCAUCGUCAGUAUCGAGGGGGGUCCGGCUGGUCUGCGCCAGAUCCAUGUGACUGUGCCUUCGUUCGAUCAGCGAACACACUUCCUGAGAAUGCGGCUGCGGAAGAUCUCCGGAAGGAUUCAGAGCAUCGCGGAGAUCAAGCACGAGUGCGAUGCCCUGGCACACCGAGGAGCGCAGCGCGUGGCCACGGAUCUGGGCUGGGAUACCAUGGAACCGGUCACGUAUCUGGCCAGUUUGUCAACUCUGAUGGGGGGCUACUUAUGGUUCCUCUACCACAACCGCGAAAUCUCCUAUAAGUCAGCGCUUGACUUUACGAUUAACGCGCGACAGAAGAAGCUGUAUGAGAGGGAGGGCGUAGACCUCCAUGAGUGGGAGUCACUGAUCGACGAAGGGAAUUUAUUGCGAAAAGAAAUCAAAACUAUUGCAGCAGAGUACGACGUUGUGUGGGAUGAGAAGAAAGACGAGCGAGAUGAACGCGUGACGGAAGCUUUAAGAAAGGAGCGAAUGCAAAAGAACGGAUCGAAUCGAACGAAAGAAAGCGAAGACGAUGAUUAA